GGUAUGCAUGCAAAUCUUCCUUAUCUCAGUUAUUUCAGGAGUGCCACUCUUCAACUCCCAUCGAGCUGCCGGGUUUUGCCGCCGCGCUCCUGCUCCGAAGCUGAAAGGUGGGGAUGUAGCAAACAACGAUAUAUACAAUGUCGAGGCGGCUGAGAUUCUUGCAAGCGAGGCGCUGCUUCUUCCAAUCUCUGAGGCGACACCAAUCUAUGAGCAGCUUCUUUCAACUUUUCCUACAGCUGCAAAAUUUUGGAAGCAAUAUGUGGAAGCUUAUAUGAUUUUAAAUAAUGAUGAAACUACUAAACAAAUCUUUAGUAGGUGCUUGUUGAACUGUCUCGAAAUCUCCCUCUGGCGUUGCUAUAUUCGUUUCAUCAGAAAAGUAAAUGACAAGAGAGGGUCUGAAGGCUUGGAAGAAACUAGGAAAGCUUUUGAUUUUAUGUUGAGUUAUGUUGGUUGUGAUAUAUCUGCUGGACCUGUGUGGAUGGAGUAUAUUUCUUUUUUGAAGUCUAUGCCUGUUGUGACAGCACAGGAGGAGUCCCAACGCAUGACUUCUGUGAGGAAAAUAUACCAAAAAGCUAUUGUCACUCCAACCCAUCACACAGAACAACUCUGGAAGGACUAUGAAAAUUUUGAGAACUCUAUUAACCGCGCUUUGGCUAAAGGUUUAUUAUCUGAAUAUCAGCCCAAGUACAACAGUGCAAGAGCUGUCUAUAAGGAACGAAAAAAGUACAUUGAUGAAAUUGAUUGGAAUAUGCUCGCAGUGCCUCCCAAUGGUUCCUUUAAGGAAGAACAACAAUGCAUUGCAUGGAAGAGACUUUUAGCCUAUGAAAAAGCUAAUCCACAAAGGAUUGAUAGUGCAUCGUCCAAUAGACGUAUUACAUUUACUUAUGAACAGUGCAUCAUGUAUUUGUACCAUUAUCCUGAUAUAUGGUAUGACUAUGCAACAUGGAGUUCAAAGAAUACUUCUCUGGAUUCUGCAGUUAAAAUUUUCCAACGUGCUUUGAAGGCCCUUCCUGAUUCUGCACCUUUGAAGUAUGCUUAUGCAGAGCUGGAAGAGUCCCGUGGAGCAAUUCAGCCAGCCAAAAAAAUUUAUGAAAGUCUUAUUGAUAACAAUGCCACUGACGCAUCACUUGCUCAUAUUCAGUUUAUUAAGUUUUUGAGGAGAACAGAAGGGAUUGAAGUCGCUCGCAAAUAUUUCCUAGAUGUUCAGAAGCUCUCAAACUGUACUUAUCAUGUAUUUGUUGCUUUUGCUAUGAUGGCAUUUUGUCUUGACAAAGAUGUAAAGGUUGCUCAUAAUGUUUUUGAGGCAGGCUUAAAGAAGUUUAUGAAUGAGCCUGGUUACAUACUUGAAUAUGCAGAUUUCUUGUGUCGUUUAAACGAUGACAGAAAUGUACGUGCUUUGUUUGAGCGUGCAUUAAGCCUGCUCCCCCCUGAUAAUUCUGGAGAGGUUUGGAAACAAUUUGCUAAAUUCGAACAGACAUUUGGAGAUCUGGCCAGCAUUUUAAAGGUUGAUGUAAGACGAAAAGAAGCUCUAUCUGGGGCAGGUGAAGAUUACUCAUCAGCUUUGGAGAGUACCUUGCAUGACGUCGUCUCUCGGUACAACUUCAUGGACCUUUGGCCUUGCUCAUCUAAAGAAUUAGAUCAUUUAGUAAGACAAGAGUGGCUUGCUAGAACCAUGGAUAAGAAAGCUGAAAAGUCUUCCCUUUUGAACGGGACUAAUGUUUCGGAUAAAAUUUCAGUGGGGCCAGUGAACAAGGUAUAUUUGCAAUCAACGAAAGUUGUUUACCCGGACACUUCUCGGAUGGUCAUAUAUGAUCCUGGACAAACCACUGAUCCCUUAACUGUCUCAAACUCAAUUGGUUCUGGAAAUCACAAAGCAGCUGAUGAUAUUUUGAAAUCUGUAUCCCCGGCAUUGGUUUCUUUCAUUACAAACCUUCCUGCUGUUGAAGGUCCUUACCCCAGCGUGGAUGUUGUGUUAUCUAUCUUGUUGCAAAAUAACCCGCCUGCUGGAACUACAGCAAAAACCCUUUCCAACCAACAAGCUGUUCCUGCUCCCGGCCCCAGUACCAGUGAUCUAUCAGGAUCCAGCAAAACGCGGCUGAAUCCAAAUGGCUCAUCUCGCAGAUUUCCUAGAGAAGGACAUUCUGCAAUCAGAAAAGACAUUGACAGACAAGAUGAUGAUGAAGUCACAACUGUACAGAGCAGGCCUCUCCCCAAAGACAUGUUCAGGAUCAGACAAAUACAGAAAACCAGAGGUGCAGCCGCGUCGCAGACCGGCUCCGCAGCAUCCGCUGGAAGUGCAUUCUCCGGCGGCGACCAAUCCAUUAGCUCAAGCUAACCAUUCAAACUCUGAAAGUUUUUGGGAAUUAUUAUCAGCUCUAAGGAAUAUAUUAUUAGCAGGAUCUGAUGUGUACAUUUCAUAAGCUGGAUCGUGAUAUAAGGGAAUUAUUAUCUUGUAUAAAUGUUAUAUCUUUCCUUUUUUCAAAUUAUUAUAUAGUUCGUGCUCUUAAAUGAAUUUAUG